AUGUCGGCAUAUAGUCUAGUUGCUUCCGCCACAACGUGUUUAUCGACAACAAUUCCGUCCGAUUACAAACGACCAAGUACCACCUCUGCGCAGUGCCUGGACGUGCCAAGCAACUCGGCUUGGAUGGUGCUGUACACCUAUGAUGAUGAUAGCAACUUCCUCAAUGCAACAAGUCUGACGAGGUGGGUUACGCUUCGAGAGCGUGUAGAGCUACAAAUAUGUAACGUGUCUGGGCGCAUGGCUUCUUAUCACCAGCUACUACAUAGGCUCGCACGGUUCUUCUACCUGCCGCCUGUGACGCCGUCCGACCAAGCUGCGGUCCCAUCACCAGGCGCUAAGCCUCAUCCUUUGCUUUUAUGUCGGAUCGAUGGAGCAAGGAGCGCUCUGCAUGAUUUUCGGAGUGCCGCCCACGACUCUCUCGCGGUAUCUGCGCAGUGCGGAUGA